AUGUCGCUCUUUUCCUUUGGCUCUUCCAAGCACAGCACGUUUCAUGCGCGCAUCACGCUGCACGAGCUCGACAAUGUCCCUCUUCUCCACGGCGCAUUUCACAUCAAAUGGAAGGUCAGCAACUCUCAACACAUCUCGGCGAGCAGCUUGAACAGCGAGCGAGACAAGGAGAAGAGAAAAAGGAGUAAAGGUCCGACGGAAUCGCAGCAGGGCAAGGAGGGUGCGGGCCUUGCUAAGGAGGCCUCUGCUCGUGAUGGCGUUUCGCCUGCCUCGGCACCUGCUAAUGGAAAACUCAAACAUCACCACCGAUGCGGUCACUGUGCAGACCAGGGCGGAGGAAACUCGAAGCUGCAUCAGAGUCAGCAGAUCACUGCAUUUCCUUCCGAUCUGCUCGAUAGCAUACACUACGGGACUCACAAGGCCCAGAGCACGACACGUGCACAGCGCCAGGCGGCCAGCGACCCUGGUCAGCAGCAAGGACCGGAUGGAAUAGAGGUAAUGCAGCCUACAUCAGAUUCGGUCAAAGAUCAAAAGCCAAACCCCGGGUCACUUCAUGCGUUCGAAGGGCACUGUCGUAUCCCAAGCGGUGCCGGCUCGUACGUGUCAAGCAUUCAAGAGCAGGAUGAAGAAGACCCCGGCAUCGACGAUCAUGCCUCCAAAAGUGGCCCUGAGCCGAAUGAUAUUGAGCUGCAAAAGAGCUCGGGCAGCGAUGACGAUGAGGUCGAGUUCAUGAACGAUGUUCACGCAUCACAGGCACACGACUCGCUCGACGAUUCGCGAGGGACAGCGGCAUCAUCGUCAUCAUCAUCAGCACACAAGCGCGGCUCCUUGAGCUCGAAAGGCGGACGCUUGUCUCGUUUCCUCCACGUCAUCUCACCGACGUCGACAGCGCUCUCCAUAGGCUCUGGCUCCGACCGCCGAUCGCCCGGGACGCGGUCUCUCGCUUCGUCACGAGUCAGUUCGGGCGCAAGUCACGAGUCGAGCCACUCGCAGGCUGAUGCACAGAGCGGCGGUGUGCGCGCGCAACCUCAUGCGCAUGCGCAAGCGGCACAUGGGAGCGCCCCCUCGCAUUCAUUCAAGCCCGGCAAGCUGCUUGCACCCGGCCGAGGCCAUCCAAGUCAGCAUUGUGCGCCGAGUCCGCCCAUCUCGACGAUGGCUGAGAGCGGAGCAGGCGCAGCACGAACUACUGGCGCAACUUCGAGUGGGGAGCCCGAAAAGGCCAAGGACCGCCAGAUUGAAGGAGAUGUGGAUGCGGACGCACCCGCAAUUGCACCUUCCGGGGAGGCAUACAAAGGCGUGCCUCAGGGGGGAAAUAACUGCGAUAGCGAUCAGGUCGGCCUUGAUUUGGGUCAACAGAACACGCAGGGCUUGGACUUGACUCGUGAAAGACCGAGUCUCAGCUCAAAGCACUCCAGUUCGCGUUUGAGCACAACGAGCAGCAAGGGAAAAGGGAAGGGCAAGGGCGGUGAGAGCGAAGGGGACAAUCGUGAGGUCUCCAAGUCGGGCAAGCAUCAUGAUCACCAUCACUACCAAUCAAAUAGCAACCGGCCUGGAUCGUCGCAGGAUAAUUCAGGAGGCGCGUCUGCGUCCUCCGCUGUGGUGGGCCCUUUGACCAGUCAGUUGGAACCGAAGGGGACGACACAUUCUAUCAAUGUCAAGGACCACAUUGUCAAGUGGGAGCGUACUUUUGAAGUGGGAAUUCGCGUGCCGAUCGAGAAGUACAAGUCGUCGUCCUCAUCAAAGGAAUCGCCUCCCUCGGGCUCCCCGUAUAACGCUGCGUCCUGGGCAAAUGUGGGACAUGAUGACAGUGGCUCUAGCAACGUGUAUGGCAGUGGUGCUGGAAGCGCUGGGUCUGCUUCGGGUUUGCAACAGCAGAAGAGCAAGAGCAGUCUUCGAAAGGAGUUCGAAGCUGCGCUCGGUGGUGGUACUGUCAGUGCCGAGCUGGAACGCGAGAGAGAGCGUGAGAGGGAGCUGGCUGAGGCGUGGGGUAUCCUGGGGAAAGCAAUGCUGAGGCUUAUGAUCAAGCAGAAUAUCGAAACGGACGAGUUGCAGGGGACGAACAACGACUCGGACCUUGGCUUUGUCGAGCUUAACUUGGCAGAAUACGCACCCUGGCCGCCUGCAUCGAUGCAAGCUCAGGUGCUGGCACCGCACAAGUCACUAGCGCAGUCGAGCCAUCGGCAUCGACACCGUGUGCCUCGGCGGGCAGAGACACGCCGGUACCUCCUGCACGAAAGCAAGUCAAACUCUAAACUGAAGAUUACCGUCGAGAUGACGUUUAUCGCGGGUACCGCCGAGUACGCUGUCCCGCACAUCAAGCGUGGAUCGCCAGUGAACGGUCUUGCAGACUAUGUGCACGCUUCCUCCAUGAUGGCCAGCAGCGGCAUCGCGCGAAGGCAGCAGGCGCAGCACGUUGACGCGUGCUCGGGCGGCGACUGCGAUUGCGACCGUGCCAGCUUCCGCAGCACGAGCUCGAAAGGAACGAGCGGGCGGCCGAGCGGCACGUUCGUGCGUGGCUCGGAAAACUGGAACCGCAGUUCGACCAGCUUGUCCAUCCAGAACAACCCGUAUGGCGCUCUCCUAUUCGGGAAUAACGAGCCGAUCUUGCGCAGCAGCAUCCCCGCCAAAAAUUUUCGCGACGCUUCGGGGGCCAGCGCAGCGUCGAAUAAAUCCAAGAACUCGUACGGGACCAGCGGCUCGUCCUUGUCCAGCUCCUUUGUCGAGCGAGAUCCCACCAGUAUCAUAGAUAUGAUCUUUGACCAGGCCAAAUACCACGCCAUGACUCCCACCACGUCCGUAGCACACACCCAGUCAUCCACUGGCGCGCACAAGGCUACCCAAGCUCAGACCAUGCCUUCUGGAGUCGCUGAAUCGUCUCGGCCGACUGCCACGUCAGCCUCUUCAGCAGCUUCGACUACGCGACCUUCCAUUGCCUCGAGCGCCUCGAAUAACUUCAGUGGCGCCAAGAAGUCCCCGUUCUCGUUUAGAACCCGCAAGAACAGCAACAAGAACCCGGUCAAGGACCAACCACCAACGCAGCUCGCGUCGCCUGCUAAUUUCGGCAACUCUCUCACAGCAUUCUCCUCAUCGACUUCCCUCUCGCUCGUAUCCAACGCCAAUGCUGAAAGGCAAAGCGGAGACAUACAGCACUCGUCCUCGCAAGUGGUCGCUCUGACAGCGUCACCGGAACAGCUGUUGUCUCCCAUCGCAAUCAGGGGAAGUGAAAUAAGCGAAAUUGAUAUAGCUAGAGAUGCUCCGCGACUCCAACGUUCUGUUGCCGCGAUUGACACGGACGCCAGGAACGAAACUGGGAUCGGAGUCCCUAACGUGCUUGUCGGCGUCCCCAACAUUGACAUCAGCUCGCCGUCGGGCCGGACCUUUGCCAGCUUCACGUCCAAUCCAUUCUCGCUGCUAGUACCGGCUAACGAAUGCAACUUUGAGCAAAACUCCUCGCUCGAAGAUGCUAGCUUCAGCACACAGAGCACCUCGUCGGAGCGACCGCGGUUGCGCAGUCACACCUUGAUGCCAGCAACGGCAUUUCUCUCAGGUGAGGCCUCCAACGCUGCUUCGGCACCUAAAACCGGGCAGUCGGGUGCGCAUGAUAAUGUGUCCAGCGCGUUCAGCAACGUGACAGCGCACACGUUGGAGAAGAAGCGGACGAAGGAGCUCAAGGGCAAGAUGGGCAUUGCCCCAGAGCAAGCCCAUGCGAAAGGGUACAAGGGAAUCGGCUGGCAAAGUCCAUCCUCCGAGGUGCAGGUGCUUCUUGAACAGCGCAAUAUAUCGCCUACGUCUGAGUAUCUGCUCGACGUGUCGUCCGCUGCUGCAUCACACACAGAGCUGUCAAGGCAUGGCUCGUCCGAGAGCUAUGAAAGUAUAGGUUCUGUCGCUUCUCCUUUGGUUACUGCCGCUCCUUACGUGGCUGCUGCCAAGUAGUGCGCAUCCAUGACCUUACGACGAAGAUAACUCUAUUCCGGUGCUAUAUUUUGUUCCGCACUAAUGCCUGCCGGAGCUACGGUCUACGCCACAGGAACGCAUGAAAUUUUACUCUUACUCUGGACACCUCAUACCACACCACCGCAAUCUGUUUUCCCUGUAUGUUACAAGCGUUCUACCCCUCGCAUGUUUCCUU